AUGCCGGCACUGGCUUUGCGUGUACGAAAUCUUCGUGCGUGUCUGAAGAUUUUGUCCGACUCUACCAGGACCGACACAUCCAACUCCUAUCUGCCACCCUCACUUCGACAUACCCUCACUGCAACGGUUCUUUCCUUAUCGAAAGAACUACGAAAUGCUCACAUACCACCGUCUGACUCUUUUUGGCAGGAGGUUGUGGACAUGUUCCUUGGUACUGUGCAACGGCUCUCCCCUCGGGAUGGGAUUUACGUAUACAGUCGGUUAGCAUGGUUACGGCCUCCUUUGAAUCCUGCUACGCGUCGUCGUGCACACCUGAUUGGUAUUCGACUUCUUGUGAAAGCAUCGCGGGCUGACGCUAAGAUGCCACGCACGUGUGUGCAACACGCAUGGUUCGGCCUCAAGGUCCUGGGGCAGCCGACCCCGAAGAACACCACCCCCUUAAUUCGCUCGAUGAUUCUUAUGAACCGACUCAGCGAUGCAGUCAUGAUUCUCUCGUGGCACAUUAUCGGAUACUGGGAACAUGGAAAACCUCCGCUGUCCCGGUCUAUCAUGCACCAUCUCAUGAUCCAAAUGUGUGUGGUCGACCGUGUUCUGCGCUCACGCCCGCCACGAGCUCCUGGCCGCUUCGUAUCAUCUUCGUCCUUGCUUUCUGAAUACUUGAUGGCUCUUUCAUCGCUUAGUCACUUACUUGUCGAAAUGUACAUUCCUCUUGUGCCCGCCAACAAGGACGAUAUUGUUUGGUUAAUUAAGGCUCUGAGCAAUGUAGAGCCUCUCCUUCGGCGCAAUCAACAUGAAAGAAAACUGAAUCGCUCGUUGCGCAAUGCCCUUCCGAAGUGGCUCGAAAGCUUGCCGUGCGGUCGUCCGCUGCCACCAAACGAUGUCGAGAGUGUCAUUAAUGAUGAUCGCAAUCGCGGUAGCAUCUCCGAACCCAGCCGCCAUUGCAAGGAAGACCGCGCUAUGUAUUUCAUCCCACCCUUGAGCGCUCAUGCGUACAACACACUCAUUGACUACGCUUUAAAACGCGCGCGGAAGCCAGAGUGGUGCCGUGCUAUACUGGACCAUAUGACGCGGCAGCGAAGUCCGCCCCUCACACCCGAUUCCAUUACCAUUAACAUUUUGCUAAAACAAUCCACGCAUUGGCGCAUUCCGUCACUCGGUACAUAUGCGUUGGAGCUUGGGAGCGGCGGAGACGUUGUGUCUAUCAGCCAGGACACUCCUUCCCAUAUCAGCACGCCGCGUCUCCUUUCGCACCUAGAUGAAGCUUUGUAUGGACAGGACUAUCAUCGCAUUUGUGCGAUUGUGCACCAUAUCAGGGACGGCCAGCUCCGUUGUCCGUCGAAUGUGCAUGGCAUUCGAGCCACCAGUGUGGUUCUUCGCUUGUACCCGGAGCUCCGACGCGCUCGUUCACGACCCGGCCCCCUGGUGGCGCGUCAUCCGCUUGUGUAUGCAGCAGCUAUUCGACUUGCAAACGAAGCAGGACAGGUCCAGCUUGCUUUGCGUGUUUGGCGUUUAGGCAAACAUGCAUGCAUUUCCGAUCGUCUUCCCGUGGCACCCAGCAUGGCCGCUGCGUUCAUGCACGUGCUCAUCGCUGCGGCCAUGCGAUCGAAACGUGCACACAUACGCCAUGGUCGUGUGCGGAAUCCACAGGUGCUCCAAGCACGCAUUGCCGCGCUCCAAGAGUAUACGUGGAUCUUGCAGCACAACCAGGACAUUGGCGAGUCGCAGCCCAUGGCCAUGUACGCGCCGCUGUUGCGUUUACUCCAGUUGACCGGACGCACAAGCGCGGGAAAAGACGCGGCAUAUCGGCGAGUGUGUAAGGAUGUACAUGCUAUGCAGCCGCAAAGACUACCGAAGCAGCUACAAAAGAUACUGAAACCACGAACAAGACACCAAUACCUUCGCAGAUACCCUUGA